UAAAGCUGUUUUUGUUUGAUGUUGUUGUUGUUCAAUUAGAUUAUCGGGUGGCCAAGAUUAUGUCCGCGGACUUCCGAAUCAAAUUCGGAAUUUCCCAUGUUCUGACAGUCAUCGAAAGCUUCUAGAAAUAGAUUGUAGGAACAGAUUUGUUAAUAGAAGUUUUGCAUGGUCACUUUCUUGAAGAUGAAUAGCCAAGACACUGACAUGGAAGGUAAUUCAUCAACGCAUGGGCCUAUUUGGUGUUCUAUUCACAAUAUUUGAAGAAGCUAAAGGACCUCUGUCCGUAGGCAACCUUUGUGCUACUACAGAAGGUCUUAGAAGCAAAGAAGAGUCAGUAGCGAAAGCAGUCAAAGCAAUGUGCGAUAAUGACAUUUUGACUGUAUCUGACAAUAAAUAUAUGCUUAAAGAGAGGGUGUCUCAAUUAGAUAAUGAUAAAGGAAAUGCAACAAUCAGAAGGGCAUCCUACCAGAAUAAAGUUGAAAGCUCUGGUAGAUCUCCAGUCAGACCAGUUGCUAGUGGGGAGGCUAGAUCUCAAGGCUGUACCCCUGCAUUCUCUAGUGGUACUGACCUCGAUACUGCAAGGCUCCAGUCGUUCAGUGUUGGCCAAGAUUCAGCCAUAGUAUUAAGAACCGACAGAGCUGUAGUUACAUCUAGGAAUGAGAGUUCAACUUCCAUGACAGUGUUGGGUUCAGAUAAGGACCAGUAUUUUGACAUAAUGACAAAAAUUGUAGAAUAUAUGAAGAAACAAUGCAAGCCUGUUAAGGCACACCUUGUUGCCAAAGCAAUAGACAUCGGUUCAACUAAAAGCGAUGUCAAUAGAUAUUUAUAUUGUCUGGAGAAAAAUGGAGUGCUUGAAAAGAUUGGGGGGAAGGAAUGGCAAAUAAAAACAAAAUCAGAUGUUUCAGAACAAGACUUGGACAAGUAUGCGUCAGUUAUGGCAGGAAAACUGUCCAGCACAUCAAAGGCACACAAGUCCAACAGCACAACAGAAAUGGAUGGUGGAUGUGUGUGCCCAAAACGUGGACCAUCCUGCAACCAUUACCACAUUACCAAUAACAUUCAAAAUAAUGUUAUCAUAGGAGACAGAAUAGCCAAAUCUGAUGCAUUAGAAAAUCCUGGCUCCUAACAGAAGUGUGAGAUAUUCCCAACAAAUUACUUUGUUUUGCAUUACGCAUUGUUAAUUUCUUUGUGUCAUAUUUAUACCUAUUUAUGGAUUGUUGUUAGCUCGGCAUUUUCGAAGAAAACCCGAGGUAUUGUCAUAGCCAGCUCGUUGUCCGCCGUCCUCGUCGCGUGCUAAAACCUUAACAUUUUGUUAAGGAUUUGAACAUUGGCUCUAAAAUCAAAUUGCUUCAACCUACAAAUUUGAAACUUCAUAUGUAGAUGCACCUUGAUGAGUUCUACACGCCACACCCAUUUUUGGGUCACUAGGUCAAAGGUCAAGGUCACUGUGACCUUUAAAAAAAAUAUUCCGACAAGCUUUCAUUUAUUCAAAACUGUACCCGUAGCCGAGCGUGGCACCCGUUAUGCGGUGCUCUUGUUUUAAUAUUUGGAUUUCACCUUUCACUUUUAGCUUACCUGAGCACAACAUGCUCAUGGUGAGCUAUUGAAAUACCAUGAUCCCCGUUGUCUGUCUCUCAGUAAAUACUUGUAUCCAUUAUGUUCCUACGAACUUUUUUAAAACUAAAUUAACUUAAUUGCUGAGCAGAAUUUGCGAAAACUUCAUAGCAAUGUUCUUUUGGUGGUCUGUUUAAAGUUGUUUGAAUGGUUUCGGUGCAUUAAUAAAUUAGGUCACAGGGUCCAAAAGGGUCACAGUUUUUACAAAGAAUGAUAUUGGGAAUACCUUUAAAAAUAUGGGAUUAUAACUGGCUUUUGUUUUUUGCAUGUUGCUACUGCAAAGCCAAUACUUUCAUAUUUUGCAUGUGGUACCAUGAAGUCCUCUGUUUGUUAGAUCAGAUGAGAACAUAGUGCUCCUGGAAGCAUUCAGGAUACUAUGGUAUCUGCCGUCGUUUGUUAGUGCCUGUAUAAACGUUUUCUGGAAACAACUUGUAACAAAACUUCAUAGGAGUGGUCCUUGAGCGACCCAUUUAAAUGUGUCCAAAUCUUUUCAGUCUGUUACAUAUGAAGGUCACCAGGCAUAUUUUAUGUUUUGGUAAAAUAUAACAGACUAAUACAGCAACAUAAUUUAGAAAUCCUCAGUAAAAUGACAAAGCCUAUAGGUAUUAGUUUUGUUAAGAAACGUGGUAUAAUGGUCCUCUACCGAGUUUGUUCAAUGUUUGUCACUGUAUUUAAACGUAGCCCAAAAAAGGUCUGAAAUAUUAUACCACUGAGCUUUAUUUUGAAAGGUGAGUGUUCAAGGAUUUCUGGGUCCUCAUUUUGUAAAUAAGUGAUUCAUAAUCUCACAUGUAUCUGUAUAUUUUAUCUAUAUAUUUUUUAUUUAUUGAAGAUCUUGUUAUUGUGUAUUGCAUGUUUAAACAUUCAUUGCUUUUGUGUAUAUUUUUAUUAAUUGAGAAUUAUUGCUGACAAUCAUUGCUUUUGUGUAUAUUUUUAUUAAUUGCGAAUUAUUGCUGACAAUCAUUGCUUUUGUGUAUAUUUUUAUUAAUUGCGAAUUAUUGCUGAAAAUCAUUGUUUUUGUGUAUAUUUUUAUUAAUUGAGAAUUAUUGCUGACAAUCAUUGCUUUUGUGUAUAUUUUCAUUAAUUGAGAAAUAUUGCUGACAAUCAUUGCUUUUGUGUUUAUUUUUAUUAAUUGCGAAUUAUUGCUGACAAUCAUUCUAUGCCUGCAUCUUAUUUUUAAUGAUAAAUAAGCAAUAAGUCAGUUUGUCUGUAGUACUGUCUUUGAUCUAAUUUUCCAACGUGGUGUUAUAUUCAAAUAUUUUUAUUCUUCAAAGGGUAUCUACCAGUAUUGGUAUCUGAAAAGUUCAAGUGUCAUAGACACAUGGAAGUAUUUUAAGAAUGUUUAUAUGUGUUCAAAGUCAAUAUGUUAUUGUAUAUGUAAAUGUGUGUUUUGAGAUAUUUUUUUAUAACAUCUGUGAUUUGCAUUUGGGGGGGCUGUGGGCAGUCUGCACAGGCUAAUCGGACACAACACUUUCUGCCUUAUUUAACUGAAUUUUUGCUAAAAAGAGACUUUCUUGAAAUGAAAAAUAUCACUUAAGUGGAAAGUGUAGUUCCUGAUUAGCUUUUGUGGACUGCACAGGCUAAUCUGGGAAGUCACUUUUCACAGUCACAUUUAAACACCCUUUUCCCAGGGCACAGCCCAUUACUUACUGAAAUCCUUUUAAACACUGUAUGUUUUAUAAGCAAUUAAAUUCAAUUUAAAUGCUUAUAGUAUUUGUAUGUUCUCAGUGUUUUUAUUUUGAUCAUUUCAUUUAUUGUGUUCAUUCUUGAGUUGUUUUGUUAUUUUUAUAACAGAUGUAAAUUAGAUUCGAAGUGGUGUGAAUAUAAAAUUUGCUUGAAGCUUCUUAUAUCAGUUAUCCAUCUAAACAAGCAUAGCGUCGCUGUCGUUCUCAAACCUCGUAGCUCCAAAAUUUUCAAAAUACUUUUUUCGUCUUUUCCGAAUAUAUGAAGUCUUGCGCGUGUUUUGUGCUAUAUCUCGUAGCUCUGCGCCAAUCAGAGCCCUUGAAAAAGCCACAUGACGUGACGAAAUGUUGUAGAAUGAUUGUUGGCUUUUUUCCCGGCGAAAAGUCGUAGCGACGCCAUUUCACCUAUAGGUACUCGUUUCGUUUAGACAAAUUUGACAAAAAUGUUUUUUUUUGUUUUUAUAUUUGCAACUACGAGGUUUCCUAUAAAAAAAUGGGACGUUUUUUUCUCUCUCCUGAAAAGUUGGCAUUUUGUACAAAAUGCCAUUUUUUCAGGAGAGAGAAAAAACCGUCUCGAGAACGACAGCGACGAUAGUGUGGUUGUUCUAAUUUUUCAAAUAAACUAAUUAUUGUUUAAAUUUUCAUACUCCAAAGUCUUUAUUUGCACCAACAGUGUGAUUAAACCUCCUGUGAGCACUCAUUUACUUUUAAGAUUUUUUUAACUUCAGCCCACUUAUGAAAUGUGCCACAUGUGGUGCUUUAUAAUUCAAUGCUGGUUUGCUGAGUGGAAAUAUGUGAAUAUAAUGUCAGUGCUGUGUAACCUGCUUAACCCUUUGCAUGCUGGGAAAUUUGUCAUCUGCUAAAAUGUCGUCUGCUAAAUUUCUAAAAUUAGCAUUUUCUUCGAUUAUUUUCAAAGAAUACUAUCCAAAUAGCAAACAGUUUGGAUCCUGAUGAGACAUCACGUUCUGUGGCGUCUCAUCUGGAUCCAAACUGUUUGCAAAGGCCUUCAAAAUUCGGUUCCGCACUGAAAGAGUUAAGUAGUUGAUUUCUAUGAGGCAUGAUUUCUAUGCGGCAUUUCAAGUCACCUUGGGUGUACUAGGUUGUCUGAUUUUACUGUUUUCUUAAUAUGGCUAGUCUGUGUUGAUUUUUAUGCCCCCUUUGAAGAAGAGGGGGGUAUAUUGUUUUGCACAUGUCGGUCCGUCCGUCGGUCCGUCCGUCCACUAGAUGGUUUCCAGAUGAUAACUCAAGAACGCUUAGGCCUAGGAUCAUGAAACUUCAUAGGUACAUUGAUCAUGACUGGCAGAUGACCCCUAUUGAUUUUCAGGUCACUAGGUCAAAGGUCAAGGUCACAGUGACCCGAAAAAGUAAAAUGGUUUCCGGAUGAUAACUCAAGAAUGCUUAGGCCCAGGAUCAUGAAACUUCAUAGGUACAUUGAUCAUGACUGGCAGAUGACCCCUAUUGAUUUUCAGGUCACUAGGUCAAAGGUCACAGUGACUUGAAAUAGUAAAAUGGUAUCCGGAUGAUAACUCAAAAAUGUUUUACGCCUAGAAUAAUGAAACUUCAUGGGAACAUUGAUCAUGACUUACAGAUGACCCCUAUUGAUUUUCAGGUCACUAGGUCAAAGGUCAGAGUCACAGUGACUAGAGACAGUAAAAUGGUUUCCAGAUGAUAACUCAAGAAUGCUUAGGCAUAGGAUCAUGAAACUUCAAAGGUACAUUGAUCAUGACUGGCAGAUGACCCCUAUUGAUUUUCAGGUCACUAGGUCAAAGGUCAAGGUCACAGUGACUUGAAAUAGUAAAAUGGUUUCUGGAUGAAAACUCAAGAAUGCUUAGGCCUAGGAUCAUGAAACUUCAUAGGUACAUGUACAUUGAUCAUGACUGGCAGAUGACCCGUAUAAAUUUUCAGGUCACUAGGUCAAAGGUCAAGGUCACAGUGACUCGAAACAGUAGAGGUUUCCUGAUGAUAACUCAAGAAUAAUAAGGCCUAGAAUCAUGAAACUUCAUAGGUACAUUGAUCAUGACUGGUAGAUGACCCCUAUCGAUUUUCAGGUCACUAGGUCAAAGGUCAAGCUCACAGUGACAAAAAACGUAUUCACACAAUUGCUGCCACUACAACUGACAGCCCAUAUGGGGGGGGGGGGGGGCAUGCAUGUUUUACAAACAGCCCUUGUUUAAAAUGAUUUUUGUGAGUGUGUUAAGAUUGCCAAGUUGUAUAAACAUUGUCAAAUGAUUAAUUACUUUAUUAAAAAUGUUAAUGAUGAAAUAUUUGUUUCUUUCUUGCUUGUCAUUUUCCUAUCAUGGUACAUGUAGAUUCAUGUUUUGUGUAUAUUACAGUUGAAAUAUCAAUACAAAUUAAUGUCAUAGUGACAAAAAAGAACAAGGAUUUUGAAAUAAA